AUGGUACCAAGCACGGCGCGCACUGGCCCUCUGGGGAGCCCGCAGUUAAGAAAAUCUGCUACACUCUUCCACUGCGUAUCCUACGGUGCCCCCGGCCGCAACGGCAACAAGAAUUGCGACCAGGGCUGCCUGAGCGCAUCUGUGUUACUAGAGGGCCGUUGUGAGGUGCAGAGCCAAGUUCCAAUAAUCUCUGGGUGCUUCUUGGUGAAGGUUCUGGGUCUCGCGGGCCUCGCACGAAUGCCGCAUGAGCGGAAAGGGCUCAAACGCCCGCUGCCCUGCAGCGACACAACCUCAACGUCGGGCUGCCCGUCGCCAUCACCUUGCUCCAGCGUUGCCUCUCGGCCUCGCGACGAUGCUGCUGUAGGCGCAGGCACGGAAGAACGGCCUCCACCGCGAUGGCACAAUCGAUGCACACGCAGGCCGCAGCGGCAACUUCGGCAGGGGACAUCUUCGCAGCAGCAGCAGCAGCAGCAGCAGCAGCAACAGCAGCAACAGCGAUGCCGCGUCCAACACGCGGCCGACAAGGUCUGCGGCUCUUGCCGACGAAAGAAUAACACCUCCGCCGCCGCACCCAGUAGCCUUCGCCUCGCCGGGGUAGUCGGCAUCCACGUCCUAGGCUUCAUGGCCUGCCCCUGUCAAGGUUUCACGCCGCCAAGCCUUAGCACUGGCAUCACUCCCCCCUUAGCAGCGGACGGGCAGCAAAGUAGAUUGAACACCCCGGACUUCGAAAUGCGGUCGGGUGUUGUCGACAGUGACAUCAGCGCCCGGGGAUUGGUCCCGAGCCUGAGCGUGGGCGCCGCAGCAGGCGGUAGCCUGAGGGCAGCGAAGGGCCGGCGAAGACAUAGGGGGGGUAGCAGAAGAUUCGGGAGUGGGCUAGAGGGGGACGGCGAUGCUUCCGGGGUUUGCCGCGCGACGCGACUGCCAAGCGCGGAGGAAGGCCCGCCGAUCGGCCUGCUGUACGACAGGGGGCUGUUGGAGGCAAGCGCUGCUGCCCAGGGCGCUGACAACACCAACAGCAACAACAAGAGCAGAUCUCGAGACGGUGUCGACAGUGCUAACGGCGGCGUUGACGAUAGCGGCGGCGAGGCAGUGGCAGCGGCCAAGGGCAGUGCGAUGGGGACGGGCGGGGGAGGAGGCGAAGAGGGAGGCAGGUCUGCUGCUCCUGCUGCGUCUGCCCCUCCUGUAGCUCCCGCGGUGGAGAUGGUCCGUGUUGAGUCCACGGCCUUGCAGGCCGAGAACAGUAUCGCGCAAGACGCGACGGACACGCAAUGGGGGAAUGUCGUCGGUGGAACGGGAGCGACGUCGGGGGCAGCUGCUGCACAAGCAGCAGCAGCAGCUGGUGGGUUGUCCAGGGGCGAGGUCGCAGCGCCAGCCCCCCCUGCCAGGCGCAAGAAAUGGUCGGGAAAAGGGUGGCUGGUUUCGAGGGCAAAGGAAGAAGCGGAGGGAAGGACGAAAUCACAGAACCGAGCGGAGGCCACGGACGCGGGGCUAUCGUCCAUGGCAGUGGACGACGACGAGGGGACUUCGAUGGUGCCAGCCGUGGCUGCGGUGGAAACCGACCGGGAUGCUUGUCUGAAGGAUACAGACCUCGUCAACGGUAAGGAUCGGGGGAGGAGGGAGGUUGAUACGAGGAACAACCUUGCUGUAGCUGGAGCGGACCCUAGCGAUCGGAGUGAUGACAGCGACAACGAUAGUAGUAGGGCGGUUGUAGUGGAGCCACCAGCGUCGUCUUCUACCUCUGCUGCUAUAACUGCUGCUGCUGCUGUUGCUGCUGCGACGAGUCUGCCAUCUGUGGAUGAGAAGAGGGAGGGAGAGGACGCAACAUCACUAGCGAACGCUGCUGCUGCUGCUGCUGCUGCUGCUGCUGCUGCUGCUGCUGCGGGCGGGGGCACCGAGUCGCUGCUUGCCGACGAGGAGGACACGUCAACGGGGUUGGGGGACACUGGAGGAGGCGUUUGCGCUACGGCGAAAGAGGAGCUGGCCCUCUACCUUCUCGAGGCGGGCGCGACCGACGAUCUGGUGGCGAUAGCGACCGCGGCGCUGUUUGCCGCCGAGCCGCGCUGUUCGCUGACGGAGGGUACGUGGAAGCGGUGGCGGCAGAACUUGGACGGGUUAAGAUCGAAGGGGUUUUCAGCGGCUGACGUGUGCAACAUGCUGGCGCUGUGCCCGCAGCUGCUGGCGCUGGAUUUCGAGGGUCAGGUGGUGCCAACGAUGGAGCUGCUGCGGCAGCUGGGAAUGCGGCCAACGGAUGUGCGUCGCGUGAUCAGGAAGGCGCCGGAGGUGUUGGCUCCACGGCCGGAUGGGAGCACAGCUGCGGAAGCUGUAGACGUGCUUCGCACGCUAGGGCUCCGAAGACGACAUUUGAAGAUGGAAGCUAUGCGAUGGCCGCAGCUGCUGGUGGUACCCCCCGGAAGCUUCUUCCAGCUGGCUGCAUUUCUCGCUUCCGAAGAGGUGGGCAUCAAGUCUACGAACAUCGGCUCUCUCAUCCGGCAAGCCCCGUGGCUGGUCUUGCAGCCGAUCGACGGCCAGAUGCUGCCAGUGGUGAGGUUUCUGCGGAUAGCGGGGGUGGCGGACGUGGAGAGGGUGCUCAGGGCCUACCCGAAGGUGCUCAGCGCCAGCAUCAGGGGCGAGCUGGCUCCGAGAGUUCGUUUUUUGUGGUCAGACGUGGGCGUGUCUGAGGAAGACCUGCCGCGAGUGCUGCAGACCUUCCCCCUGGUCUUCGCCCUACCGCUGUCGCGCAUGAAAGACGUCAUGGCCUUCCUGUCUGAAGACCUGAGCAUCAGCAGAAACGACAUCGCCAAGAUAAUCAGGGCGUUUCCCUCGUUGCUCGGUCUUGAGAGAGAGAGACACAUGGCCGGGGUUGUCCGUUACCUCAAGCGGCUGGGGGUCCAGAACGUCGGACGUUUCGUCUCGAGGCUACCCCCCGUACUGGGGUACGACGUCGAAACCAACCUCGCCCCAAAGAUGGACUACCUGGUGGAGAAGAUGGGUCUUAGCGUGUACGACGUGCUGACUUUUCCAGCGUACUUCUCGUAUCCUCUCGAUACCGUCAUAGAGCCGAGAACAGAGUUUCUCGCCAUCAGAGGCCGCCCCAUCACGCUUGUGGGCCUUAACAUCGCUCUGCAUCAAGGAGAUGCUGAUUUCGCUCGUAAGGUGGCCAGAGUGCAGCCUCGAGUAUACCAAGACUUCAAGAAGGCCUACAUCAACAAGAGGGCGGCGGUGAAGAAUGGUCUGGUGGAUGCUGAAGAGUUGCUGUCCGGACCGCAGCGCAGGGCGAUCGGCUCGUUGGGGGGCCUGUCGACCAGCAACAACCUCUCGGUGACGGCCAGGGCAACCGGCCUACCACCCAACAAGCAACCACCGCCGCCACCGCAACAAUCUCAGCCACGGCGAUCUCGACAGAACCAACGAGCACAACCACGACGACAGGAGCAACGACGAGGGCAACGCGAGAAGGACUGGAAGUGACUGACGUGACGUUACACGAUCGGCCGGGUACAGUCCAGCGACCAACGAGAGGCACGGCGGCUGGGACCGCAACAACCUUGUCUUUCCCCAUCUGACACCCGUUCUUCCGGAGAGAGUUUUUUUCGGCAUCGCCCCCCCCCCCCCCCCCCCCCCCCCCCCCCCCCCCCCCCCCCCCCCCCCCCCCCCCCCCCCCCCCCCCCCCCCCCCCCCCCCCCCCNCGGCGCAUGCUGUCGACGCGGGCGUUGUUUAGGAAGAUCUGGUCUUAGGAAUCUGAUUUGACGAAUCGGUUGAGUUGGGCUUGGGACGUCUUUGCUUCGCUUUCGCAGUGAACGGUCGCGCCUGUGGUUAUGGAAGUGCCUGCUUGGCGUGGAGACUCGAGAAAAUGACGUCGCAGACCGAUGCGGUGCGUGGAGAUAGAGAAGAAGGGCCGGCCGGGCUACGAGCGCGGUUUUGCUGCGUGUUUCGGGCGUUUGGGAACAGAGAAAACGUCCUGUGUGCAUAUUGAUUUUCGGGUAUACCUGCGUGGUAAAGGGGUGGGGACGUUUGGUGCAAAUUGCGGUGACGGCUGUGAUGAUAAACCUGCGGCGUGGGGCGUGAUGACUGAACGAUUUCCUGUGGUUCAUUUCUGUUUGUAGUUUGCGUACGGGUGUGUCCAGCAUAAGUAUGUUUCGGAUUGUUUUGUGACGUCCGCAAGGGUACCGAUAAUGGUCUUGCUGCGGAGCGCCGGCCGCGUGCUUGCGUGCGUGUUCUUGGUGUGUUGCUAUAGUAGAUGGCGAGGGAAGGCACUUGCGAAUUUUUGUGACAGCCGGCAUACUGUACGGCGGUAUUCCUCUCGGUACGGGUUGACGGUGUGUUGAGCGUGCGUCAAUGUCCGCUUUCACUCGUAACAUAUUGAAAUAUUUUUCUAUCGUUGUUCCUGAUUCCACGACGAGUGGUCCCGACACCAGAAGCUCACAUUCGUUUUGUUCUUCGCGCUCGUGCGGGUGGCCUUGGGAAGCGGGCUUGUAGGACACCCCUACAGCAAGCUUCGAGGUCUGCGUCGUUUCAUUGCGACAUGGAUUGCACAUGCACACUCGGAAACGGUUUGGCGACUCUCACGGCGAUAUGAAUAAUAAGGCUAGGAUAUCCAGCCUUGUCGCCGAGAAGGCACUCGAUGUUGCCUCGCCUAGCGGCAGAAUAUUGUAGUCUGCUGAAAGCUCAUUUGCCGUUGAAACCGCCCAAGUGUCAGUCGAGGUGGCCGCCCUUCGCCGUGCCUUGCUUGAAUCUGCACUUGGCUUGCAAUUUGUUCACGAAGAUACCGCGAGGCGAGGCGAGAAAAUUCCUCCGCCCUCGU